AUGAACACCCGCUCCAAGAGAGGCAAGCGAAAGGGCGUUGAGGAGGUGGAGGUCCAUGAGAUUGCGAACACCUCGCCCGAUCCCGUUGCAGCCCCCGAACAGCAGCAACAGCAGCAGGAGGAUCAACAAAAUGUGGAUGGCGCGAACAACGGCGGCUUUCGCGUUAUCCAAGUGCUAGAAAGCUACGGUAUUGCCUCUGCAGACAUUAAAAAGCUCAUGGAGUCUGGUUUCUACACCGUCGAGUCAGUCGCGUACGCACCCAAAAAAAACAUUUUGGCUGUCAAGGGUAUCAGUGAAACGAAGGCGGAUAAAAUUAUGGCGGAAUGUGCGAAAUUGGUACCAAUGGGCUUUACAUCCGCAGUGGUUUACCACGAGGCACGUAAGGAGAUCAUCAUGGUGACUACCGGCAGUCGGGAGGUGGAUAAACUGCUCGGUGGGGGCAUUGAGACUGGCGGCAUCACGGAGUUGUUUGGGGAAUUCCGUACAGGCAAGACACAACUAUGUCACACCCUGUGCGUCACGUGUCAACUGCCCAUUUCACAGGGUGGUGCGGAGGGAAUGGCACUGUACAUUGACACAGAGGGCACCUUCCGACCCGAACGAUUGGUUGCAGUUGCGGAACGUUAUAAACUUGAUCCACAAGACGUGCUUUCCAACGUCGCCUGCGCACGUGCCUUUAACACCGAUCAUCAACAACAGUUGUUGCUUCAGGCAUCUGCAAUGAUGGCUGAAAAUCGUUUUGCCAUCAUCAUCGUUGACUCUGCCACUGCACUCUACCGCACGGACUAUAGUGGACGUAAUGAACUUGCAGCAAGACAGAUGCAUCUUGGGAAGUUUCUUCGUUCUCUGCAUAAUCUUGCGGAGGAAUAUGGCGUGGCUGUAGUCGUUACAAAUCAGGUUGUCGCUAAUGUGGAUGGCUCUGCACAAAUGUUUCAGGCAGAUGCAAAAAAGCCCAUUGGCGGCCAUAUUAUGGCGCAUGCGUCCACCACCCGACUGAGUCUUCGCAAGGGACGGGGUGAACAGCGCAUCAUGAAAGUGUACGACUCACCUUGCCUCGCCGAGGCAGAGGCCAUAUUUGGCAUCUACGAGGAUGGCGUUGGGGAUGCAAGGGAUUGA